AUGGCGGACCCACGAUUGAACCGCAUCGAGGGCACCUUGACCUCUCUCCUUGAAAGCCUUGUUCCAGCUCUUUCUUCCGACCAAGACGACACUGAUACCGAGUUCCGCAUUGAACGCGCUAUUCGGUAUGCAAAAGAGACCGUCCUCGGAGCCGAUGGCAGACUGCCCCCAGAUACCAAUCAGGCGCAAGACUUGAUCAAGCGCAAGUUGUUGCGAGAGAAUGCCUCUCCAGAGAAAGCGGCCAGGUUUAGCAAUUUGUAUUCCAGACUACUCGCCAUUCCCGUUCUCAACCAGAAAUGGGCCAUUUUGUAUCUCCUCUACAAGCUGUCGGACAAGUCUCUCCCUGAGCGUCCUCGAAACCCUCUUGCGGACUCGGAGCACCUCGCAAAUAUUCCGCGGCGACGCACCUUGUCCCCCGAAACCACUUUUACGGCGGAGGAGGAGCUAGAAGAAGAUUAUGAUAAUGAAGAAGGAGAAGAAGAGCCGGAACUGCCGAAGGUGUCGACCCGUAGCCAUCGUGCCUUGUCAACCAGAUCCCGAAAAGCCAAUGAACAGAUUGAACCGGCCGUGAAAGAGGAGGAACAAUUACAGACUCAAGAACCAGUUGAAGAGAAACCUCCCGCGCAGAAGCAGGAGCCUCGAGUCAUCUAUCCUUCGGAAUUAGAUCUGCUGCGUGACUUGCCGUUCAAUCUACAAGGCGUGUCAUCCGCACACCUUCAAUUCGCAGACAAUGGCUCUCUCAAACUGCCCCCUAGUCUGCCGGUUCCCAUUCUUUCUCUCCUCCAUGCACUCGCAGAGCCUUGUCUGCUCUAUCGGGGAUUGGCAGAGUAUGCUGCAGGUCAGGACGGAGGUCUCAUUGAUCAGAGCCUUCGUUCCGCCAUCAACAAUGAGCUACGCUCCUACUUGAGCCUGGUCGCCUCGUUGGAGACCGAGGUUCGACAAGCUUUGGCCUCUAUUCAGAAUGCGAAAGACCCGAAAGUGGUGCGCCUCACUGGUGUCACGUUGAAGCGAUGUCUGAUUUGGACAAGAGAGGCCACCAUGGCCCUUCGAUUGAUGAAACUGAUUGUCGAGGACUCGAGGCAGAAGCGAGGAGGGCAAGUGCUAUCUCUCAUACACAACUUGUCCUCAUCCCAUGGCGAUCCCUUUGUGGCGUCAUUUGCGGAAAAGCUUCUGGCACAUGUUGCACGUCCGUUUUAUGAGAUGCUCAGGCAUUGGAUCUAUGAUGGAGAAUUGAUUGACCCAUACCACGAAUUCUUCAUAACACAGCCCGAUCCGACUGCGCAACCUCCGGUCGAUCAUAGACACGUUGCGACUUCCGUGUGGGAAGAGAAAUACAAGCUCGACUCAGGCAUGGUACCGUCGAUCAUAUCGUCCGAGUUCUCCAGAAAGGUCUUCUUGAUUGGCAAAUCUCUCAACUUCAUUCGCAACAACUGCGGAGACUCGGACUGGGUCAUCAAAUAUUCCAAAUCAAAUUCAAAGUCACUCGACUACGCAAACACGGCCAAUCUCGCACAGUCAAUCGAUGUGGCUUACCGAACGACAAUGUCGCGAUUGACUCAUCUGAUGUCGACAAAAUUUGGCCUGUUCACACACUUGACGGCAAUAAAGAAGUAUAUGUUGCUGGCCCAGGGUGACUUCUUUGAACUCCUCAUCGAGUCGUUGGCUCAACAUCUCGAUCGUCCCGUGAAUUCAAUGUACCGACACAACCUUACGUCGCAACUGGAACAUGCCAUACGGCACUCCAACGCCCAGUAUGACGACGCCGAAGUGCUGCGACGAUUGGAUGCCCGAAUGCUUGAAUUGUCGAGCGGCGAGAUCGGCUGGGACUGUUUCACCCUGGAAUACAAAAUCAGUGCCCCGUGUGACGUUGUCAUUACUCAAUGGGCCAACACACAGUAUCUCAAGAUAUUUAACCUGCUCUGGAGAAUCAAACGGGUCGAGUAUUCCCUCAGCUCGACCUGCAAACGAUGCAUGACGGGCGGUCGAGGAGUCCUUGCUGCAGUUAGUGACAAACUGGGCAACGAUUGGAAACGGUCGAGAUGUGUUGUCGCAGAGAUGGUUCAUUUCGUUAAUCAGCUUCAAUAUUAUCUUUUGUUUGAGGUCAUUGAGGCCAGCUGGAAGAAGCUCGAAGAGGCUUUGCACAAGCCGGAAGCCACCCUUGACGAUCUAAUCGAAGCUCACACCAAUUACCUGAACAACAUUACGAAAAAGGGGUUGAUCGGGCAGCAAAGGCACCCGGUAACAGGCCAGCAAGAGGACAGCCUUAUUGUCCAAGUCCACCACAUCCUGAAAUGCAUGCUUGCCUAUCGAGAAGUCAUUGACUCCCUCUACUCGUACAGUGUUGCAGAGUACACUCGACGUCAACAGUUCAGUGCGAAGAUAGAGCGACGAACUGCUCAAGGGAAAUGGGGUAUCACCGAAAAGGAUCUCCUGGGUGAUUCGAGGGCCAGCACACCCACCUCCGUAGCAGGUGCAGGAGCUCUCAGGGGCAAUCAACUCCUCGUCGAAGAGAAUGAUUCAUCACUUGCUACACCCAAUGAAAAUAUACACAUUGGGGACGACGAGACUCAUCUGAAUUCUCUGAGGGCACGACAGUUGCAUCUAUCGGCCGAUUUUCGAUCGCGGCUCAGCAUGCUGUUGUAUGAUUUGGCACACCAACCGGACGUCGAUCUGAGAUUUUUGGGAGUGGUCAUGAAUUUCAACGAGGUGUAUCAACCCGUCAACAUCCGGCGGCAACAAGCUAGACGGGCUCGAGAGAAACGAGAACUGGAACGGAAGGCUCGUGAAGCCACUGUUUCUUCCGAAGGCAACAUCUCUCUGGAUAAGGACUUGAACAGCUCGGCCGCGAAGUCAUGA